AUGAAGACAUAUUUGGAAGUAGUCGAUGCGUGCGAUUCAUUUCCCUACCUAGAAAAAGAUGCCGCCGCCCACUCCACCCAAACCUCCACCCUCUACACCCUCAUCUACGAAGACCCCAGCACUCACACCACCCACCCCAUCGGCUACAUCACCACGCCCAUCUUCCACGCCCUCACCCAAGUCCCCACCAGCAUCAAAGGCGAAAUGACCGUCAACCGCUCCAAACGCACCAUUAGCGUCUUCACUCAACCUAGCGAGUCCGAACGCAGCGCCGCCGUCGCCGCAACAUGUGCUUACUGGCGCUCUAGCAAGACCUUCCUGGUGUUAUCUGGCUGGCGCAAUGAGCUGUAUCCCGUCUAUGGACCUGCUCACGAACUAUUAUGGUCCGUUGAACGAAGCGCCUCGGUACUUUUCGGCAUUGUGGGUUAUGGCAUUCAUAUGAUGGCAUAUGUGCGCGAUCCGGAAGUGAGUUAUGGGAUGAAAUUAUGGGUGCCAAGACGCUCGGCUACUAAACCUACGUAUCCGUCUAUGUUGGAUAAUACGGUAGCGGGGGGCAUGGCGACAGGGGAAGAUAAGUUGGAGGCUUUGGUGAGAGAGUGCAUGGAAGAGGCCAGUUUGCCGGAAGAGGUUGUUAGGAAGAAUGUUAAGGCGCAUGGUGUUCUUACGUAUAUUCAUCUACUGGGAGCUACGGCUGGAGGAGAAACGGGCUUGAUCCAGCCGGAAUGUGAAUACCUGUACGAUUUGGAGUUACCUGCCGAUGUCGUUCCCAAACCAAACGAUACCGAAGUGGAACAAUUCUAUUUAUGGACCGUGGAGGAAGUUCAGGAGCGCAUGAAGAAUGGGGAGUUCAAAGACAAUUGCGGAGUCGUUUUAUUGGAUUUCUUCAUCAGACAUGGCAUAUUGACACGGGAAAACGAGAGCGAUUUCGAUGAGAUCAAGGGCAGGAUUCAUAGAAAGUUGCUAUUUCCAGGACCACACGAUAGUUGA